AUGUCCCGGACCACUCAAUCGUUCAAGCUCGUCCUGCUCGGCGAAUCAGCUGUAGGGAAGAGCAGCUUGGUACUCAGGUUCGCCAAGGACGAAUACUCGGACUUUCGCGAAUCUACCAUCGGUGCCGCCUUCCUAACCCAAACACUGACUACGGACGAAGGGAGGGAUAUCAAAUUCGAGAUCUGGGAUACCGCGGGCCAAGAACGCUAUCGCUCCCUCGCCCCGAUCUACUUUCGGAACUCUGCCGCUGCGGUGAUCGUUUACGAUAUAACCCAGCCUCCUGAAGCCUCAUUCGCCCAAGCCAAAACCUGGGUCCAAACGCUGCGCCGUCAAGCCGACCCAUCCAUCACGAUCAUCCUCGUCGGUAACAAGCUCGACCUCGCCUCCUCCUCUCGCGGGACAGACCGGGAGCUGGCCGAAGCGUACGCCGAGGAAGAAGGGUUGUUGUUCGUAGAAGCGAGUGCCAAGACGGGGGAGAACGUACAAGAGGUGUUUAUGCAGGUGGCCAAGAAGCUCCCCCUCGCCCCGCCUCCUCAAGCUACGUCCGGUGGUAGUGGCAAACCAGGGCAGAAGGGCGUCAAGCUCGCUCCCGGUCAAGCGUCCGGACAACAAGCCGCUCAGGCUUGUAACUGUUGAUUGCUGGUGACUUUCUGAAGGUCCCGUCUGAUACCGCGAGCUCGUUCCUAUUCGACUUUCGAUUAUAAUAAUGCUCGUAGAUUAU